AUGACCGGUUUCGAGAAGUCCGUCAAAGGGGCCACCAAGUUAAAGCUUGCGGCCCCAAAAUCUAAAUACGUCGAAACCAUCCUUGUCGCGACCCAUACUGGCGAGGCGGGCGUCGCCGAAGUCUUUCGCACCCUGCAGCAUCGACUCCGAGACUCAGCAUGGACGAUUGUGUUCAAAGCAUUGAUCAUCGUUCACCUGAUGAUCCGAGAAGGCCAACCAGAUGUUGCGCUCACCUUCCUCUCUGAUAACCCGAAGAAGAUUGCGCCGAGUAAUUUCUCCGAAGCGCAAUCACAGGGACACAAUAUCAGACGAUACGCUGAAUAUCUUAUUACACGCGCAAAGGCGUUCGAUGCCACCAAGACGGACUACGUGCGAAGCGGCCCGGGGCGUUUGAAGCGAUUAGGGGUGGAUAAAGGCCUCCUGCGGGAGACAGAAUUCGUACAGAAACAGAUCAGGGCGUUACUACGGUGUGAUUUGUUGACCGAUGAACCCGAGAAUGAGAUUAGUUUGACUGCUUUUCGUCUUCUCACCCUCGAUCUCUUGACUCUAUAUUCGGUCAUGAAUGAGGGUACAAUCAAUGUCUUGGAGCAUUAUUUUGAAAUGUCAAGACCGGAUAGUGAACGCGCCUUGGCAGUAUACAAAACAUUCACCAAGCAGACAGAGGAAGUAGUUCAGUUUCUCGGUGUUGCAAGGCACUUUCAGUCUGCUACGCGAUUAGAAAUCCCGAAACUCAAACAUGCCUCUACCGACUUAGCCCGCCUCCUCGAGGAUGACUUGAAUGAUCCCGACUUCGAUCUUCGCCGAAGAGAAUAUAUGGCUGGAAAAGGAAUUCAGAAGGAAGGCCGUGCACCGCCUGCGUCCUCAUCUGUUUUUGCUGCCAGUCAAUCCAAUUCUAUGCCAACCCCGAUGCCAAACUCGCCCAAGCAGGCCGAGCAGCAGAAGCCGCCACCUUCGGAUCUCAUUGAUUUCUUUGAUUCGAUCGAGCCUAACCAGCAGCAAGUGGCCCCACAGCCUACCGCGCAAUAUCAGCAGACAGGUCUCCAACAGGCGCAACAAACAGGCUUCCAGCAGCCCCAGCAGGCAUUCUAUACUGGACAACCUGGGUACCCACAACAGCAGAAUCAACAGGCCCAGAUAAUGGGGUAUAACCAACAGAACUCCUUUGGAGGUGUUCAGCAACAGAACACUGGUAACCCAUUUGGCCAACCACCGGCGCAGCUUCUCCAAGCUAUGCCGACUGGUGCAGGUUUCGGAGGGUACACACCACAACCACAAUCGUAUGGAUACCAGUCCCAGCUGGCCCCGAUUCCUCAGAACGGAGUCGCCUCAUAUGCUCAGCAACAACAGCCGAUGCAGACCCAACAACUUCAACAGCCACCAUCCACACCCACCAAUCCUUUCCGCCAAUCUAUGUUAAUAAAUCAGAAUACUGGAGGACCAACUGCCACUGCUCCCACGCAGAUAACCCCGCUACAACGGCAGAAUACGAAUCCAUUUGCAAAGCGACUUUCCAUGGCAGCGCCUCAGGGGAACUUCGGAGUACCUGAGCAGAUCCCUCAAGUACCUCAGAUUCCUCAGUCACAGUCGCCACAACCACUCCAACCCCAACGCACUGGCACCAAUCCGUUUGCCCGUAGCUCAUCAGUCCCACCACCUCAAAACACCGGCUUGCAACCUUUGCAACCAAAUCCCACGGGAAGUACGAAUCCUUUCCGCCAGAGUCAAUUCAUUCAUCAACAAACCGGGCAAGGGUGGCAAACAAGCGGGCAACAUGGUACUAUGGGUGGACUAGAACAACUAGAGACCGUGCCCAUCUUCCCUCGACCGGGCAUGACCUAA